AACUCAAUUUUACCUCCGUACUUAUUUAGCUUAAAACUUAAAUACAUCACAACCACUUUCCCUCUAUAGCCUCUGCCCCCUCUCUCUUUUUGGCCCAACCUCUGCUUCUCUUAUUGCUCUGAAAUAAAAUCUUCGUACCAAUACAAAUUUAUUCUCCUUUCAAAUUUUUCUGCUCCCCAAAACCCUAACCAAAACUCAAAUAUAUAAAAAAAUAUCCAAAUUUCCAAUCUCUUCAGAAACAGAAAGCCUGCGCCUUCUAUAUAUUUAAUUAUCCUAGUUUCAUUAACCUACACAUUCAACCUUCAAAGUUCAAACCACUAGUUAAGGGCACUCUGUUCUUUUUUUUAUAUAAUAUUUUCUCUGGUUUACAAUGUUAGACAGUGGUGCACGUGAUUCUGAGUUGAGUUUAGAAACAGUGAAUUCAUCAACACAGAGAAGCUCAAUGAGCAGUGAAAGCAUUUGCAGCACCAGUUUUAGCCGUCUUUCAUUCGACCUCCUCCCUGCCUCGCCGGAGAGUCUCUCCAUUAAGCCUCACCGCUCCUCCGACUACGCCUACUCUGCUAUCCGAUCCGCUACCUUCCGCCGCAAGUCCGCCCUCACCUUCCGUGACUUCAACCUCAUCCGCCGUAUAGGCGCCGGUGACAUCGGAACCGUUUACCUCUGCCGUCUCCGAAACGGAAACGAACAAUUCGAAAGCGAAGAGGAAGACGCGUUGUACGCUAUGAAGGUGGUGGACAAAGACGCCGUGGCAUUGAAGAAGAAAACGCAGAGAGCUGAAAUGGAGAGAAAGAUCCUCAAAAUGAUUGAUCAUCCUUUUCUCCCUACACUCUACGCUGAGUUCGAAGCUUCUCAUUUCUCUUGCAUUGUCAUGGAGUUUUGUUCCGGUGGAGACAUACAUUCCCUACGCCACAAACACCCUCAUAACCGUCUUCCUCUUUCUCACGCUAGAUUUUAUGCGGCUGAAGUAUUGGUGGCGUUGGAGUACCUUCACAUGUUGGGAAUCAUUUACAGAGAUCUAAAGCCCGAGAACGUGUUGGUUAGAUCAGACGGUCAUAUCAUGCUCUCUGAUUUUGAUCUUUCGCUUUGUUCAGAUGCAAUCCCUGCCGUUGAAUCAUCUGAUUGUUUACAAGAUUCCGCGUUUCAAUCAGCAUUACCCUACACUCGCUCGCGUUCUUUUCCUACUCCAUUCACUUGCUUUUCGAACCGGUUUUUCCGGUCACGUAAGGUUCAAACCAUUCAACCGAACCGGCUCUUUGUGGCUGAACCGGUUUCAGCCCGAUCAUGCUCAUUUGUUGGAACACACGAGUACGUCUCGCCGGAAGUUGCCGCCGGAAACUCGCACGGAAACGCCGUAGACUGGUGGUCCUUCGGGAUAUUCAUCUACGAGCUCAUCUAUGGGCGUACACCGUUUGCGGCUCCAUCGAACAAGGAUACACUGCGCAACAUCCUAAAGAAUCCCUUGAGUUUUCCUACGGCUACGCCGUCGAGCACGCUUGAACUCCACGCGCGGGACUUGAUUUCUGGUUUGCUGAAUAAAGAUCCGGCUCAGCGGCUCGGGUCGAAGCGCGGCGCAGCUGACGUCAAGAAGCACCCGUUUUUCAAAGGGAUAAAUUUGGCGCUGAUUCGUAUGCUGACGCCGCCUGAAGUGCCUGGCUCGAGAAGACCUAAAACGACGUCGUUAUACCGUGGGAAGGGUAGCAACGGCAAUGAUAGUAAACGGCAGCCAACGGCGUCGUUUGAUAUUUUCUUUUGACAAGAAAGCUACGAAUGAGUAAUGACGGGUUUUGCCACGUCUUCAGUGACGUAUUUUGUAUACUAGAGCGGUCCUGUUUUCAAUAUGAAAAAUACAUAAAUGUUUACGUGAACAUUAUUUUGUCUUUUAUGCAUUGCAAUUUCAGAAGUUUUCAGUACUAUUAUUGAUUAUGAAAUCGAGAUCGAGAAAGAAAAUAAAUGAAUUGAAUAUA